UCCCAGUUCUCCAAAGGUGUGUAUGCUAUCAUCGGCCUGUAUGACAGGAAGACAGUAAACAUGCUCAUGUCUUUUUGCGGUGCACUGCACGUCUGCUUCGUUACGCCAUCCUUCCCCAUCGAGACGGCUAACCAGUUUGUAAUCCAGCUGAGGCCUGAGCUCCAGGACGCCUUGGUGGGAGUGAUCGAACACUACAGCUGGACAAAGUUUGUCUACAUGUACAGUUCAGAGUCAGGUCUGUCAGUGCUACAGAAGGUUCUGGAUACAGCAGCAGAAAGGAAGUGGCUGGUGACCUCUGUCAAUAUGGAAAGCAUGACUGAGGCCUCAUUCCUGAAAGUGUUCCAGGACUUGGACAAGAGGAAGGAAGGCCAGAUUAUUAUCGACUGUGAGACAGAAAAGCUUACUCGCAUCCUUAAAUUGAUUGUUGAACAUGGAAAAAAUGCAAAGAGCUACCACUACAUCCUGGCUGACUUGGGCUUCUUGGAUAUUGAUCUGACAGACCUGAGGAAAGGCGGGGCAAAUAUUACCGGCUUCCAGCUCGUCAACAAUUCAGAGCCCAGCGUGAGCCGCGUUGUGCAGCAGUGGAUGGAGUUCGACAUUAAAGAUUCCAAAGUGCCCAAAACAGGACUCAAAUACACAGGGGCUCUAACGUAUGAUGGGGUGAAAGUCAUGUCUACAGCAUUUCAGAAUUUAAGGAGACAGAGGAUAGACAUCUCCCGACGAGGCAACGCCGGGGAGUGUCUUGCCAACCCACCAGCUCCCUGGGGACAGGGCAUAGACAUCCAGAGAGCCCUGCAGCAGGUUCGUAUUGAUGGUCUGACUGGUCACAUUCAGUUCAAUGAGAAAGGCCGUAGAACCAACUACACUGUCAGUGUCAUGGAACUGGCCCCAUCUGGACCCAAGAUGGUUGGCUAUUGGAAUGAAGAGGAGAAGUAUGUGAACACGGCCACCUUCAUGAGAGGCAGCAACGACACUUACGGCCUGCAAAACAGAACAUACAUCGUCACCACUAUCUUGGAAUCUCCAUAUGUGAUGCUGAAGAAGAACCAUGACCAACUGGUUGGAAAUGAAAAGUAUGAGGGCUACAUUGUGGAGCUAGCCGCAGAGAUAGCCAAACAUGUGGGAUACCAGUAUAAGCUGAAAAUUGUGUCUGACGGCAAAUAUGGAGCCAGAGAUCCAGAAACCAAGAUGUGGAAUGGCAUGGUUGGAGAGCUGGUCUAUGGGAAAGCUGAUGUUGCUGUUGCUCCUCUCACCAUCACUCUUGUCCGUGAAGAAGUAAUCGACUUCUCCAAGCCCUUCAUGUCUCUUGGUAUCUCCAUCAUGAUCAAGAAACCCACCAAAUCUAAACCGGGCGUGUUUUCAUUCCUGGACCCACUGGCUUAUGAGAUCUGGAUGUGCAUCGUGUUUGCCUACAUUGGCGUUAGUGUUGUUCUGUUCCUUGUCAGUCGAUUCAGCCCAUACGAGUGGCACUCAGAGGACUACGAGGAAGGAGGUGAACCACAGACUCCCACUCAGGCUUCAGCCUCCAAUGGUGUGCAGCAGAGCCAAACGACUGCCCAGCAGAACACCAAUCAGCAGAGCCCAGAGCAAACCAAUGAGUUUGGAAUCUUCAAUUCACUCUGGUUCUCGCUGGGUGCCUUUAUGCAGCAGGGUUGCGACAUCUCACCACGGUCUCUGUCUGGCCGGAUUGUUGGAGGUGUCUGGUGGUUCUUCACUCUCAUCAUCAUUUCAUCUUAUACGGCCAACCUGGCUGCCUUCCUGACAGUAGAGAGGAUGGUUUCUCCUAUAGAGAGCGCAGAGGACCUUGCCAAGCAGACAGAGAUUGCUUAUGGAACACUGGAUGCUGGUUCUACUAAAGAGUUCUUCAGGAGGUCUAAGAUCGCUGUAUUUGAGAAGAUGUGGUCCUACAUGAAGGCAGCUGACCCAUCCGUGUUUGUCAAAACCACUGAUGAGGGCGUGAUGAGAGUCAGGAAGUCCAAAGGCAAGUAUGCCUACCUGCUGGAGUCCACAAUGAAUGAGUACAUAGAACAAAGGAAACCAUGUGACACGAUGAAGGUGGGAGGGAACCUGGACUCUAAAGGCUAUGGUAUCGCUACUCCCAAGGGUUCCCCCCUCAGAAUCCCUGUAAACCUAGCGGUGUUGAAACUCAGUGAGCAAGCCGUCUUAGACAAACUGAAAAACAAAUGGUGGUACGAUAAAGGGGAGUGUGGCAACAAGGACUCCGGAAGAAAGGACAAGACAAGCGCUCUGAGCCUCAGCAAUGUGGCAGGAGUCUUCUACAUCCUGAUUGGUGGCCUGGGCCUGGCCAUGCUGGUGGCACUGGUGGAGUUCUGCUACAAGUCCAGGACCGAGUCCCGUCGAAUGAAGCAAUCCAUCAACGAUGCCAUGCGCUGCUCCACCCUGACCAGGAUGAGCGGCAAUGGGAGCGGUGGCGAGAACGGACGAAUUCUCACCCAUGACUUCCCCAAGACUGUGCAGACGCUGCCCUGUAUGAGCCACACCGCCAGCAUGGGACUGGGUGCCUCCGGCAUGUGAUCACCUCAUGACUCGGCUGGCGGCGGGGAAUAGGCAGGGCACGACUGGAAGAGCACAAGACUCUGGAGCCUCCAAAUCAUGGCUGUCUGGUUUGACCCUUAUAAUCUCUUGGCUGUCGACCUGCUCAACUCAUACAAGGCUUAAUUACUCUUACUGCCAAAAUGCACUCUCGAACCGCUCUGUACAAACUUAGACUCACAACUUUUUUUUAACAAGUGGAUGAAAAAAGAAGGGAAAUGUGCUGCAAUAAAGAAGCCGUCAAUGAGGCGUAAUUUUUUUUGUCUCUUUUUUACUGUGUUCAUGUGGGAGAACAAAUGUUUAUUCUUCAUUGUGAUGCCUGCAAUGUGCCAUUUUGAUGGAACUCUUGACAUUAGUAUGCGUGUGCAGUAUCUUCAGCCCCAUUGCUGACUUUUACUACCGACAUCCUUUCUGACUUCUGAUCAAACGUGUUUGCACAGUCGAGGAUGACACUUUUGACUCUCAUUUGAUACUGUUUUGGGAAAUUCCACCCUGUCGCUCUUACAUUUAUACGCCAUUUUGGAAGGACACAGUGUUCCAUGUAGCCUGGGCAGUUCUGAAUGGUUUGCACUGUUGAAAUCCAACGAAGAGCUUUGCUUUUCCGACUGAAACUUAUCAUUCUUGAAGAGGCUACUACAGCUGCUACACCUCAUCUAACUCAUCAUGCCUUGAAGUUGUGUCAUAUGACCGUUAUCAAUGAUACGAAACACUUGUUAAUUGUCAGGUCUGAUCAUAAAGAAGAGAAAGACACAGAGAACUGGUCAUAGAGCCCAUGAUAUGUUAAGCUGUGUACAGUAAUGAGUGACCUUACACUGUAUUCUACUGUUGUGGCACCCAUAGCAUGUCUGCCUAUACAUUACAGAGAAUAUUUAAACAUGAACAUGUGAACAGAGCAGAUAAAAAUUCAUAUUUGAGCUGGGAAAAAAAAUCUAACUUUUGUUGUCA